AUGUUGAUCAAAGAGAGCCAUGCCGACGUGCAAACGACUGCCAAUGGCAAGACAACAUCGAUGAGAAUAUUUCUAUUUCAUCCUACCAUUCCUGGAUACCCAAAUGCUCGCUUCCCAGGAGUUGUUCUCUUCAGUGAGAUCUAUCAGGUCACCGGCCCUGUUGCUCGCUUCGCCAGACAAAUCGCUGGCCAGGGCUACAUCAUCGCUGCUCCCAGCAGCUACCACGACUUUACUGGCCCUGAGCCUCUUGCCUAUGACGUCCCCGGAACGGAUCAAGGGAACGAGUGGAAGAUCACAAAGUGUAUCAAACAGACCCUUGAAUCCUACGAUGAAGACGUCACCCAGACUGUCUCCUACCUCUUGUCACUCCCAACAUGCACUGGCCGUCUAGGCGCAACAGGCAUGUGCUUGGGAGGGCAUCUGGCUCUCCGGGCAGCUCUUCACCCCAAGAUCUCUUCCACAGUAUGCUACUUCGCCACCGAUGUCCACGCCCGUACCUUAGGCCCCAACUCCGGCGCCAAUACCUCCUCCACUGCCCCUCCGGACUCCAACCACACACUCGACCUCCUCUCCCGUAUUACCGGUGAGGUCUCCAUGAUCUUUGGCAUCAAAGACACCCACGUUCCCGACGCCGGUCGUGAUCUCAUUCGCCAAAAGCUUCGCGAGGCCGGGGUAGUCUUUAGCUUCCAUGAGUUCGCCUGGGCGCAGCACGCGUUUAUCCGGGACGAGCUCAGCAAGGGAAGAUAUGACCCUGCCAUCACCAAGGUCUGCUUCGAGGUGUUGUUGGAGCAGUUUGGGCGGGUGUUGAAGACGGAGCUGGGGGAUGGUGAUGGGAAGAAGCAGGAGGUGGAGCAUGUCUGUUGA